ACUGCUGGGGAAAAGUGGCCACGUCCACUGUUCGCACCAUAGCUACGCAGUGGGACGAGCGUUGUUCUUCAAACAUAAUAGCACACAGGGGGCGGUCUGUGGCUGUGCAGGAAUGCGGAACUCGGAGCCGUUGCUGUCAUCGUCUUCAGUCUAUCUAGACCUUGCUGCAGAACUCGAGAGUUAGCUGCUGACGUGAACGUGCCGAGUCUUUUUUUUAUUUGCGCGCGCACCCCACCACACACAUACAUACAUAGUUAUACAGUGCAAGUUGUUUUCACGGGGAGGAGGCUAAGGAGUAGCGCUCGUUGAGUUUGUUGUUUUCCCUGUUCUUUGUCAGUAAUAAAACUAGUAUCGUACUUUUGUCGAGCGCAGGCUGUACCGAAAUGAACGUGUUUCGCAUCGCGGGCGACCUGUCGCAUGUGGUGGCCAUCGUGCUGCUUUUCCUGAAGAUCUGGAGGUCCCAGUCCUGCGCAGGAAUAUCUGGGAAGAGCCAGGUGCUGUUUGCCUUGGUUUUCACCACCAGGUACCUGGACCUGUUCACCAGCUUCAUCUCCAUCUACAACACAUUCAUGAAGGUUGUGUUCCUGGUCCUGGCCUAUUCCACCGUUUAUCUGAUCUACCUUCGCUUUCGGAGCACCUACGACUCCAAGAGUGACUCUUUCCGUGUGGAGUUCCUCCUGGUCCCUGUAGCAGGACUCUCUUUCCUGAAAAACUAUGCCUUUACUCCGUUAGAAGUCCUGUGGACGUUCUCCAUCUAUCUGGAGUCGGUGGCCAUCCUCCCACAGCUCUUCAUGAUCACCAAAACUGGGGAGGCAGAGUCAAUCACCAUGCACUACCUGUUCUUCCUGGGCUUGUACCGAGCCCUGUACCUGGCCAACUGGGUGUGGCGCUACCACAUGGAGGAGUUCUUCGACCAGAUUGCCGUGGUCGCCGGUGUGGUGCAGACAGUUUUCUACUGUGACUUCUUCUACCUCUACAUUACUAAGGUACUAAGGGGCAGCAGCAAGCUGAGUCUACCUGUGUCAGUGUGAAGAUGUGCUCCUUCCCUCCAGCUCUGUUUUCCAGUCAUUUGGCCAUGCCAGAAAUGGAUUGCAGUCUAAAUAUGCUCAGCAUUAUCAGCAUUGGUUUGCAGGUAUGCUUUGGUCUGAGCACAAACUUCUAUGUCUGUCUGAGAACAAAUAUUCUGUUCAAGAGUAAGGGAUCUGUUACAUUUCGGUGCAAUAGAGUGCUGUGAUUUUAAAAAAAAAAAAAAAAGACUGAGGCCUUUAAUAGUAAGGUACUGUUAUCUUAAUAUUGUAGUUUUAAUGGCUUUCUGUAU